AUGAAAAAAGAGUUUGCGGAAUAUAACAAGAAAUUCUUCCGUAAUAUUCAAUUUAUUUACGAUUUUUUGGAUAAAAUUGGAAUGAAAAGUAGUUUGGAAGAAUUGAAAAAAGAAAGUAAAAUAAAUUAUGUAAAGGAAUAUGAUAAGUAUAUUUUCGAGGAUGCUACAAAUUACAAUUCAGAUGAUGAAACUAAUAGUAACGAUUGUUUAAAUGACAAUUUAAGUGAUGAAUUAGAUAUAGAUUAUAGUUUUUUUAUUCAUACUAUUGAUAAAAUGCAUAAUUCUAUUUUAUGCAAAGCCAUUGAUAACUUUGAAAGUACAUUAAAACAAAAAAAUAAGAGUAAUAUAAACAUUAAUGAAGAUGAAAAGAAAGAUAAUAUAUGUAGUGAAUAUAACAAUUUUUAUUUAAACAAUGAUUAUUUUCCGUGUUGCAAUAAAAAAGAGCAUUCAAUUAAGGUAGGUGAUAAUGAAAUAGAAAAGAAAAAAGAAGAGUAUAAUAACUGUAAUGAAGACAAUUUAGAAAAAGAAAACAGGAACAUACAAAUAUAUGAUAAAAAAAAUGAUAAGGAAGGGAGGAGUAAGGAAAAUAACAAUACUAUAUUUAAUGAUUCAUGUGUAUUAAGAAAAAUAGGUGAAAAGGUGAAAGAUAUAUCUGCACUGAGUAGAAAUAAUAUGAAGCUGCCUUUAGAUUUAAAUACAAAGCUUCAUAUGGACGUAACUGUUACACCUCAUAUAGAUGUAGAAAAAAAAUCUUCUAAUGAAGUGAAACUAACUAAAGAAAAAAGGAGUAUUAAUAAUUUUCCUUAUAAAUUUGAAAAUGAAAAUAAUAGUGAUAUGAAUAACAAGAAAGUAAAAAAUUGUAAUUUGAAUGACACAAAAUGUAGAAGCAACACAAAUGAGGAUAGUACAAAACAAAAUAGUACAGAAGACAUAAAAAAAAAAAGUAAAUUAUUAAAGAACGAAACUCAUAAUUGGGAUAAAUAUUUUACUUAUGAAAGAGAAAUUUCUAAAAAGUUAAAAGUUAAAUAUAUUAACAAUGCAGUUGAUAAUAAGAAUGAAGCUAAUAAUGGAGAAGAUAUUUCUUUAGAAGCAGCAUCAAAUAUAUUAGUUAUUAAAUACAUAGAUAUAUACAAUAUGGAUACUUGCAAAAACAUGCGAUUCGAAAACAUUAUUUUUUUUAAAAUUUUUUUGCCAAUAUUGAUUUUAGUAGGCUAUGCAGAUGGUAAUGUGAAACUUUUUCUAACUCUUUAUGAAAAGGGGGAUAAUGAAAAUAAUUUAGAAGAAUGUGUCCACUUAUGUAAAGAAUUAUAUAGCGUAUCCUUAGGCUCACCAAUAAUGUUUAUAGAUAUUAAUUACAAGGACGAUAUAUUUAUUGUAUCAACUAUGCAUGGGGAUGUUUAUAUAUGUCAUAUAAAUAUGAACAACAUAUCUAUGUUAAUAAAAUAUAUUGAAUUAAAAAACUCAAUUGAUGAAAUAAAAAAUAAUAUAAAAGGAGAUCAAAUAUAUAUUAGUAUAAUGAAAACGUUAAAAUAUCAUAAUAAAUAUUCAAUAAAGUGUUUAUUUAAUGAUGAUUAUGCUUUUUUUUGUUCAAUAGCUAAUGAUAAAAAUUUAAUUAUUUAUGAAAAAAUUGUAAAUAAAAUAGAAGAAUCUGUUACAUAUGAAAAAAAAAAAGUUAUAGGACUACCUGAGAUACCAACAAGUGUUUUAUGGGUAAAAGAAAAUAACGAUAACUACGGAAAUAGUAACAGCAAUGGUAGUAAUAUUUAUAAUAAUAAAGAAACCAUAGUUGUUAGUAUGCUAAAUAGCAAUAAUAUACUUUUUAUAAAUAGUAAAACGUUCAAUAUAGAAAAUAAAAUAUAUUUAUUUGAUUCAACAGAAAAGUAUAACAUCUUGAAUUUAGAAUAUAACAAAAAUAAAAAUAUAUUAGUUAUAUGUACAGAUACCUCUAUAAUAUUUGUUUAUUCAUUAAUCAAAAAAACAAUUAUAAGAAAAAUAUACGGGUGUGUAUUAAACUCACUCUCUUUUCCAACUUUAGAGGUAGAUAUAAAUGGCAAUAAUAUUUAUGUCACAUCCGAAGAUAGCACAAAUGGCUCUCAUAUUCUAAUUUUUGAUAUAAAAAGUGGAAAUAUUAUAGAUGUUAUAAAUAAUGGUUACAAAAUAAGGUGUUUUCAACUAUUAAAAAGUUAUAUAUGUCCAUUCUCUAACGAAACCAACUCAAAUAAUAUUGAAGAAAAUAAAAAAUCAUUACUUAUUUUAGGAUCAUUUGACAAAAAAAUACAUUUUUACUCAAACUGA